CAGGCCCGGGGGGCUCCGGGGGGCUCGGCGGGGCUCCCACCAUGUCGGGCGAGGAGGAGGCCACCGAGCUCACCAUCGCCGAGGACCUGGUGGUGACCAAGUACAAGAUGGGGGGGGACAUCGCCAACCGGGUCCUGCGCGCCGUGGUGGAGGCGGCGAAUCCCGGCGCGUCCGUGCUGUGCCUGUGCGAGAAGGGCGAUGCCAUGAUCAUGGAAGAGACCGGGAAAAUCUUCAAGAAGGAAAAGGAAAUGAAGAAAGGAAUCGCCUUCCCGACGAGUAUAUCCGUAAAUAACUGUGUGUGUCACUUCUCCCCGCUCAAGAGCGACCAGGAUUACAUCCUCAAGGACGGGGACUUGGUCAAAAUCGACCUGGGCGUGCACGUGGACGGCUUCAUCGCCAACGUGGCGCACACCUUCGUGCUCGGCGCCUCCAAGGAAAAUCCCGUGUCCGGCCGCAAAGCCGACGUCAUCAAGGCGGCUCACCUGUGUGCCGAGGCCGCCCUGCGCCUGGUGAAACCCGGGAAUCAGAACACACAAGUGACAGAGGCCUGGAAUAAAAUCGCCCACGCGUUCCACUGCACACCCAUUGAAGGGAUGUUGUCGCACCAGCUGAAGCAGCACGUGAUCGACGGGGAGAAAACCAUCAUCCAGAACCCUUCGGACCAGCAGAAGAAGGACCACGAAAAAGCCGAAUUCGAGGUGCACGAAGUCUACGCCGUCGACGUCCUAGUCAGCAGCGGCGAGGGCAAGGCCAAGGACGCGGGGCAGAGAACCACGAUUUACAAGCGGGACCCCUCCAAGCAGUACGGGCUGAAGAUGAAAACCUCGCGCGCCUUCUUCAGCGAGGUGGAGCGGCGCUUCGACACCAUGCCCUUCACCCUGCGGGCGCUGGAGGACGAGAAGAAGGCGCGCAUGGGGGUGGUGGAGUGCGCCAAGCACGAGCUGCUGCAGCCCUUCAACGUCCUGUACGAGAAGGAAGGGGAGUUCGUGGCCCAGUUCAAGUUCACGGUGCUGCUGAUGCCCAACGGCCCCAUGAGGAUCACGAGCGGCCCCUUCGAGCCCGAGCUCUACAAAUCCGACCUGGAGGUGCAGGACGGGGAGCUCAAGGCCCUUCUACAAAGUUCUGCCAGCCGGAAGACCCAGAAAAAGAAGAAAAAGAAGGCUUCCAAAAACGCGGAAAACGCCACCACGGGGGAGACGGCGGAGGAGAACGAGGCCGGUGACUGAGAACCCUUCCAGUUCUCAAAUCGCCUUUUUUCCCCCAAAAAAACCCCCAGAAAAACAAAAAUUCCAUCCGGAAAUGAAAUAAUCUGGCACCGGUGUUGGUCCAGGUAGUCUGGAAUUCCCACAGAAUCCAACAGCUCCCGUUGACUUUUUGCCAAGGAGGGAGGAAUCUCUCGGCCACUUCAGACUUGAGAAUGAAAAAUAAGAAUAAAAACAACCCCGAAAGAGCAGCAAACGGAAAAAAAAUAAUAAUAAUAAAAAUUAGGAGUGAAAGUCGCUAUUAAAUCCUUUAUAUUCCCCACGUUUGGAGAGGUGAAUCUGUAAAAUCCAGGGAGUGGGAGCGGAGGGAGCUGCUGAUUCCUUCUUCCUCCUCCUCCUCCUGCUGCCUUUUUUUAUUUUUUAAUUUUUCCCUUUGGAAAUUUUCACCAAAAAAAAAAAAAAAUAAAAACAACCCCCAAAACCAGCUGAUUCCACCCAGAAAAGUGCCCUGUGCGAGCAAUCCGGGAUUUUUGUCUUUUGCCUUUGGGAUUGUGCUUUUAGAAUUGGGAAAAAAAACGAAACAAAUUUUAAGUUCUCCCCCCUCCUCCACCAGGAGCCUUUUUCUGCCUCUGCCUUGAUUUAAGGGAUUUCAAAAAAAAAAGCAAAAAAAAAAAAAAAAAUCGCUAUUUUUUAACACAAACUCGUUUUUAAACUGAUCCGAACCCUCGGGAAGCCGCCGACAUUCCGGCCUUGCGGAGCUGAAUUCCCUAAAAUCCCCGGGUUUGGGUGUUUUUUUAUCCUUCCCGAUAUCCCCGGGAGCACAUUCCACCUUUUCCCGCGAGCCGGAGGAUAAUUAUAUUUUUUUUCCCCAUUUUUUCCCCCUCUGGAUUCUUUGCUAAUUUUGGAGAGAGAGAGGAGGGGGGAAAAAAAAAAAAAAUAAAAAUCCCACCAGAAUUCCUCAGGGGUGGAAAGAGGUGAGGGAAACGCUGCCGGAGCCCAGGGGUAUCGCUCUUUUAUAGUCGAUUUUUUACAAAAAAACCCACAUAAAAAAACAGCAAAAAAAAAAAAAAAGCCGAUUAAAUGCUGUCAGUUGAAUGUUUUGAGGGUUUUUUGGUUUUUUUUCCUUUGCUGAUACCCCUGGUUCCUCAAGUUUUUUGGGAAUUCUGAUUUUCCCGCCUUACCCCACCCAUAGGCCGCGGUGCUUCCUCGUCCAGAUCCGAGAUUUCCACCCCGAAAAAUUAAAAAAAAAAAAAAAAAUUCCACAAAAACUCAACACGUGCAAACGUUACCAAAGUCAAAUAAAAGAGAAAUAAACGAUGCGAUAUUGGAUUUUA